AUGGCCGCCGGCCAGACGUCAAAAAAAUUACCACUGGCCAAUGCACGGGGUCUGGCCGUCCUCCAACCGUGCCAGAGUGAAGACCCUUUACGUAAUACGCUGGAAAAACAGCCAAAGAUUGUUAUGGUCGACAAACGAGCAGACGGAUUACCUGGUAGUAAGCAUUUAGCGCCGCCCAUGGACACUCGUAAUACCAAAGAAGUUACUACUACUGCGUUGCCGGCCUCUUAUUGCUCGAAAAAAUGGAGCUAUCUACCGCAGAAGGCUCUGGGCAUCGAGAGAAGACGCAAGGCACAUGGCGUCACGCGCGCGCCUAAAAUAGACUACGACAAACGGGACCCUAUAGGGCUGAUGUUCAGCCAGGGUUGCGGGCAAGACAUACUCACAAGGAAGGAACUACAACACGCAAACAUAUUACCAUACCUAACAUCCUUCGUACAUGGCAAGGAGUUGUACGUAGUGUCUCCACUUAUGACGUUUGGUUCCUGUCGUGAUAUCCUAGACCGCUACUUCCAAGAAGGUCUACCGGAACUAGCUUGUGCACUGGUGCUGAGAGAUGUACUUCAAGCUUUACAGUAUUUACACAAACAAUUGUAUAUUCAUAGGAGCGUUCGUGCAAGUCACGUGCUAGUAGGCGCAAACGGCGGCGUCCGCCUAUCAGGGCUGCGCAGUGCGGCCUCGUUGAUGGUGCGCGGGCGCAGGCAGCGACAUCUGCACCAGCUGCCCCCGCCUGACGCGGACAAUACCAACCUCAUGUGGCUUAGCCCUGAACUGCUGGAACAGAAUCUAAAGGGCUACGACGAAAAAUCGGACAUAUAUUCGCUGGGCGUCCUAUGUUGCGAGCUGGCCAAUGGGGCGGUGCCCUUCGCCGAGGUUCCGACAACCCUAAUGUUCACGGAGAAGGUGCGCGGAAGUCGGCCACAACUAUUGGACUGCUCCACUUUCCCGGAACCCUGCCUUGAUGACUCCGAAAUGAAAAGUAUGUACAACACGGACAGUGGUGUGGGCGACAGCGCGGACGGCGUGAUGCGCCUGCGUCAGCUGUACGCCGCGCGGAAACUCUCCGACACCUUCCACCAUCUCAGCGAGAUGGCGCUGCAGAGAUAA